AUGGAGUCCCUGCUCCCCGGGCACCCCAGUGCCCUGUCCCCAUGCCCGGGUGACGCAGAUGAGGCCGUGACCCCCCGGCCGGGCCAUGACGUGCUGGCACGUGGGGCUGCUGUGCUGCGGGAUGAAUCAGCGCCCGCAGCUAAUUCUGGCUGCUGGGCUCUGCUCGUGCUGCUGCGCUGCAGGAUGCUGCUCACCUUCCUGGUGGUCCUUGGGGUGCCAGCAAGAGCUUGGAAGGGGCUGAGUCACCAGCAUCUCCCACCGGCCUCCGGAGCUGGGGAUGGAGCCAAGGUGAUGGGGCAGGAGACCAUCAGUGCUAAAGGGCUGCUGCCGGGUCUCCCCAAAACGAGGAGGGGUGAGCAUGGCUGUGUGGAAGAGGCUCAUCCGGACAAAGCCAGCCCACUGCCGCUAAAGGGGACGGAGAGACAAGCAUUGCCCUGGCCGAUGAGCCCAGCUGCCAAGAGACCUGCUCCCGGGAAGAAGGGCAGGAAGGUGACUCUGUCACUGGAUGUCCCCACUCACGUACUGAGCACCCUGCUCGAGCUGGCCAGAGAGAAGGAGCUGCAGGCCAAGGCAGCCGCCAACGCCGAGCUGAUGGCCCGGCUUGGGCGCAGGAGGUGACCUGCAUGGUCAGGGAUGAAGCUGGCAGCAGGGCUGAUGGGGGCCAUGGACAGAGGGGUGCCAUUGGGGUGCCAUCGUUAUUCCUGCAGGGAGCUGCAGGCACAGCACCUCAUCCCCUUGGACCCGGUGCCCAUGGCACAAGCAACAGCCGCUGGCAGGGCUUGGUUUAAUGACUGUCACCUCGGCACCGCCAGAGCAAGUACAGCCAGGUUUGCCUUCUCUGAGCACAGCUGGGUCCAGACCCAGGUGCCACCGGGAUCCUGUGCCUGGAUCCCUGCUCACCCGGC